AUGAAUAGUUUAUGUAUUAUCAUAUUUUUUAUAAUAAUACCAAUAAUCUUUGGAAAUAUUGUACUCGAAAAUAAAAUCGAUGCGAGUCCCGUCGUCGUAUCCGAUGGAAAAGCAGACGUUAAGGAAGAAGUGCCGGUGAACAACAACACAAGGCACGCGUUCUUCCGCUUCAUGGACAGAGGGAAGAGUUUGAAGGGAACCCCGGCUCGGCGCGUGUUCGGAGGCUCGGCUGCUGAGUUGAAGGACUUCCCCGCGGUGUGCGCUCUACUGGACCGGUACUUCAGCGUGCGGUGUACGGCCACCGUGAUCUCCACACACUGGGUCCUCACCGCCGCACACUGCGUCACGCCUCGCCUGGCUUACGUCAAAUACAACACUCGCAGACCAGCCUCCGGCGAAGGAAACGUCACGGCCAUUCACUACUUGUAUCAGCAUCCCAAGUACAAGGUGUUGCAGAAGGACGAAGGUCGAGGCAUUGACGUCGUCGGUUUGCAUCACGAUGUAGGAUUGGUCCGAACACGUGACCAGAUCAGACUUGCUACCCCAUCCAGUUUCAGACUGUCCGCCAUAAGAAAAAACAACCCUCUCGAUCUCUUCUCUCAGGAUGUGAAGGUGUUUGGGUUCGGCCGCACAGAACGCUCGGUUCUAGGAGAAGAACUCUUUUCGGUGCAGUUGAGGUUGAACGGCUGCGAGCGUAGUGAUUGGAUCUACUGUGUUUGUGGCGUCGCCAGUCGAAGUAAACCUCAGGGCGUAUGUUCAGGAGACUCGGGCGGACCGGUCCUGUAUAAUGGAGUACCGGUCGGAGUCACAUCGAUGGGUCCAGUGGAGUGUACUCAAGGCGGGGAGGGUCCGCCGCCAGGAGCCACCAGUGUGUUCACGUCUCUACACCCGUACACGGACACCAUCAACGCCACUAUCUUCGACACGGAAGCCACCCUCCGCAUGCGUAUCAUAGGAGGAGCGUCCGCUCCGUAUUCCCGCUUCGUGGCGCUCACUUUUUAUCUUAUGAUUGUGCGAUAG